UGGAAACGGGUUCACGCAGUCACUUCUAAUCAAACUGAACUAGGAACUUUCUCUCUCCCUCUGUGUGCGUCUGUCUCUUCCUCCUUCUGUGCUCUCCGGCGCCCCCUAGUGCUGUUGCUGGGCAUCUUCCUGUACACCCGCUGGCGCAGCUACAAGGGCCUAAAGGAGGGUGUUUACCACGUGUCAGCUCACAAUGACGGCUGGGAGGACAUCAGAGAGAACGUGCUCAACUACGAUGAGGAAGGAGGAGGAGAGGAGGACCAGGUAAAAGCCAACACAUCUACAGUAUGUCUCCUACUCACUUACAAUGGGAUACUGUGCAUUUUGGUUCCCUUGUCACAAAUGGUGUCAAUUAAGGCAGUUCCAGACUGAAUCUGUGAAGUGAAACAAUUCAGGUUGGAUUCCAGGCUAGGCAUUAUGGGUACUACACAAGCUAAAGCACACUCCUCUGAGGCCUACACUGGCUCAAUCAAGCACACUCCUCUUCCCCACCAUGCCAUUGUAACACCUUCUCACUCUGGUUCACCUCCUACUCCAACUAGAAAGAAACUAGUGGAGUGCUUGUAUAUUCAUGAUCUCCUUACACACAAUGACACAUAAUAUGAUUAUCAGAUGCUUGGUGAUGCUGCAAUCCUUUUAAGAGGUCUUCUGGUGAAUCUUUAGAUGUGAGAGCUGCUUCAGCACACAGGCUUUGCACAUUUUUUUCAUCAGGUAAUCAAUUACAGAGCACACCCACACGUCAUUUACUUCUCCACUCUACCAUUCCUCCACCCUCCUUUCCUCCAGGGCCCGGGCUUCCAUCUCUCCAGAGUGAAGCGCUGCCGUGGUAACGAGGGUGAAUCAGUCUCGCCUGAAUCAAAUGAAUGUUGAAGUGAUUAUGUGUUAUAUAAAAAUGGAUGUUCUCUAGCCCUCGUCCAAUAUUUGCCUGUGCUCUGUUGAAGUGAAACACUCCCCUCGCCCCCUUCACAUUCCCUCAGAUUACUUAGUGUACUCGGGUAAUACAGUCUGUCAGCUCUCCACUAGCAGAGAAUGAAUCUGGAUUUUGUUCACUAAGGGAGAAGAUGAAGACAGAGUGUUAACGUAGCCAGGUAGAGCAAACGGAAAAUGGGAUGAUGCUGAGGAAGCUCUGAUGUUCGCGUUUGUCUCCUCACUCACCAUCACACUCUAUGAUGUGAUGUUUUAUUUCUGUUUCAAUCCCGGGAAGAAUAGCUGCUGCCUUGGCAACCGCUAAUGUGGAUCCUAAUAAAAUACGAAAUACUCUCUAUUGCUCCAUCUGUCCAUUUGUUCCUCCUUUCCAUUCUCUAUUUUGACAUUCCAUCCUGUCUCCCUCUGUGUGUGUGUAGAAUGCCUAUGAUAUGGCCGAGCUACAGAAGUCUCUCCAGCCCAGUCCGGCCCAGUCUGUCCAGUACAGCCGCUCCAGAGCCAUCCACCAACAUCACCACCCCCACACCCAGCACCAACAUCCCCAGCCCCAGGACACUCUUAGCAGGCUGGGUGCCAGCACCGCCCCCUCCUCCUUCACCACAACCACCACCCUGCGGAGGGACGUGCCCCCCACCAGGACCCCCGCCCAGGGCCAGAGCAGGCCCCUCCUGUUGGCCAGAAAGAGCCUGUCCUUCUCCAGCCAGGACCUGGCCCGCUACCUGUGUGAGAUCAUCCGGGACGCUGACCAGGCCCCAGAGACGGCUCCCUUCGACUCCCUGCAGGUGUUCUCCACGGAGGGGGGAGGCUCGCUGGCCGGGUCCCUCAGCUCCUUCAGCUCAGCCGGGUUGGAGGAGGACACGGCUAGGGGCCAAGACUCCCUGAAGGAUUGGGGCCCACGUUUCGAGGAACUCAAAGCCCUCUACGAGAAAACCGAGGCCAGCGACCUCUGA